AGAGUGUCUUAUUGAAUUAUUCUUUGAAAUUAUUAGAAAGAAAAAUGGUUGAUAACAUUGGAGGUAGUGGUUCUUCUAAUAAUGAAGGAGUCAUCAAGGAGCAAGAUCGGUUGCUGCCAAUAGCCAAUGUUGGUAGGAUCAUGAAGCAGAUUCUUCCUCAGAAUGCGAAAAUCUCGAAGGAGGCGAAGGAGACGAUGCAGGAGUGCGUGUCGGAGUACAUUAGCUUCGUGACGAGCGAGGCGUCGGAGAAAUGCCGGAAGGAGAGGAGGAAGACUGUUAAUGGUGAUGACAUUUGUUGGGCGCUCGCAACGCUCGGUUUUGAUGACUAUGCCGAAGGGAUGAGAAGGUAUUUACAUAGGUAUAGAGAGUUAGAGGUUGAUAAUAAUAAUAAUAAUAAUAACAAUCAAGAGAGAGGGAAAUAAUAUAUAACAUAUAAAAGAAAUUGAAGAUUAUGAACCAUAUUGUUUUAAAUUGCACUGGCAAAUUGUUUCUGAAAAAUGUUGAGGGUGAGAGUAGGUAGUAGUUCUUAUGAUACCAUUUCCA